AUGACAACUUGCACUGCCCCGAUAAAUAAGAAGUCCAGAUACCAUCUGACAACGAUCUGUACCUACGUACGAUGCAAAGUGCCAUACGAUGGCAAGUUUGUCAGGACUAAAGGAAAGGGUGACAAUCGCAGGAUAAAGCAGACCAUUAAAGGUCAAAUGGUUACAAAUGACUUUAUUCGAGGACUAUAUUAUAUUAUGGACAAGAGGAAGCCGAGGGAGAGGUAUCCUACCAAAAAAGGGGAUUCGACGUCGGAAGAGCAUAAAGCUACCCCAGAACGGUCAUCUAUAGAGAGCCCGUUACUCCAAACGAUUUUUGACAUGAAAGACGCACCGACGCAGAAGUUCACAUUGAACCAUCGCGAAUUUUAA